CUGAAAUUUAAUUUCGUUAUGAUGAUAUUUCGUAGAGUUGUUAAAUAAUUUAUAACCCUUUUGAAGUAAAUAGCGAUUAUGUUGUGCUAUGUUAUUCGUUACGGAGAUAUUGAAUAUUGUAAAGUUAAGUUUAUGUGAAUCAAAGCAAUAUUGCCAGUUUCUCAUAAAAUUCAACAGUUCUACUAUGGUCAUGAAAGUCCUUAACGUUGCAGAAAAGCACGACGCCGCAAAAAAUAUUGCAGGCUAUUUGUCCCGUGGUAAUUGCAAACGGAGAGAAGGAUUAUCUCCAUAUAAUAAAAUUUUUGAAUUCAGCACAUAUCUAUGGAAUCAAAAUUGUGAUAUGAUUAUGACGUCUGUAUCUGGUCAUUUAUUAAACUAUACAUUUAUUGGAACAUAUUGUAAAUGGGGAGCUUGUCAACCAUUAUGUUUAUUCGAUGCACCUGUAAUAAAGCAGUGUUUAGAAGAGAAUUCUAUUAAAAUCAAAAAAACAUUGGAACGAGAAAUACAAAAAUGCAGUGCAUUAAUAAUUUGGACUGAUUGUGAUCGUGAAGGAGAAAAUAUAGGUUUCGAAGUUAUUCAAGUGUGUUGUGCGAUUAAGCCCGAUGUCCGCAUAUAUAGGGCAAAAUUUUCAGAGAUUACACAAACAUCUGUGAAUCGAUCUCUUCAAAACCUAUGCGAACCGAACAAAGCAAUUAGUGAUGCUGUUGAUGUCCGAAGUGAAUUAGAUUUAAGAAUAGGUGCCGCAUUUACAAGAUUUCAAACAAUGAGACUGAGAAAAGUAUUUCCCAGGAAUUUGGCUGAUAUGAUGAUCAGUUAUGGUAGCUGUCAGUUUCCUACAUUAGGAUUUGUAGUCGAGAGAUUCUUAGCGAUAGAAAGAUUUCAGCCAGAGCCAUAUUGGAAGAUAAAAGUAAUGGAUAUUCGUGAUGGUAUUUCUGUGGAAUUUAGAUGGGCUAGAGGGAGAUUAUUUGAAAAAUUACCUUGCGAAGUACUUUUUGACAUUUGUUUGGAGCAACCUAGUGCUACCGUACAAAGAAUAGUAAGCAAACCUAAGAGUAAGUGGAGACCAUUACCACUGGACACAGUUGAAUUGGAAAAGCAAGGUUCUCGUAAACUUCACUUAAGUGCAAAGGAAACUAUGAAAAUUGCAGAGAGAUUAUAUACUCAAGGUCUUAUUAGUUAUCCACGCACAGAAACAAACAUAUUUCCAAAAGAAUUGAAUUUAAUUCCAUUUGUGAGCCAACAAAUAAACAAUUCAGCUUGGGGUAAUUUUGCACAACAGUUGCUAGAAAAGGGAUUGACUCCAAGGGAAGGCAAGAAAAGUGAUCAAGCACAUCCUCCAAUAUAUCCACUAAAAUAUAUUGACAGUUUAAAUGGCAAUGAAGCUAAAGUUUAUGAAUUUGUGGUACGACACUUUUUGGCUUGUCUAUCAAGCAAUGCAGUUGGUCAAGAAACAACGGUGGAGAUUGACAUAGCUGGAGAGGAAUUUAUUGCUAAUGGUUUGCAAAUAAUUGAAAAGAAUUAUUUAAAUGUAUACAUAUAUGAAAACUGGAGCGAUAAGGAAAUUCACAUAUAUCAAGAAGGGCAAGUUUUUGAACCAACCAAAAUAGAUAUGGUACAGGAAGAAACAUGUCCACCACAAUUGUUGACUGAAGCUGAUUUAAUCAGUUUGAUGGAUAAACAUGGUAUCGGUACCGAUGCUACUCACGCAGAACAUAUAGAUACAAUAAAGUUGCGUCAAUAUGUGGGUUUGGUGGAUGAUAAGCACUUAAUACCUGGAAAACUUGGCAUUGGAUUGGUAACGGGUUACGAUAACAUGGGAUUUCAAAUGUCAAAACCAGACUUACGUGCUGAUUUAGAGAAGGAUCUCACACUGAUAUGCAAUCGACAGAAAAAUCCAAAGGACGUUUUGGAAAAUCAGAUAAAGAAAUAUCGUGAUCUAUUUAAAAUAACAUUGGAACGUGCUGAUUUAAUCGAUAAUGCUUUAGCUGAUUAUCUCGAUGAACGACCGAUCGAAGCACGAGAAAUACAAAUUGAUAAUCCAUCUCAAGAAAUUGUUAUUUUUAAAUGUCCGAAAUGUGGCUCGAGCAUGACUCUUAGAAAUAGAAAGCAAGGGACGGGAAAGUAUAUUGGCUGUAUGGGAUAUCCGACGUGUAAUAAUGUAAUUUGGUUUCCUCAGAAUAUCGAACAUGUCGAAAUUUUGGAUGAAAUUUGCUCACAAUGUUCGGGAAAUAUGCGUAAAUUAAGAUUUAAAUUAUCUAAAUAUGCCUUUCCUAUUUAUGGUACUGAUUAUACAACUUGCAUAGGUGGUUGUGAUCCUACGUUUAAUGAAUUAUUAAAUAUAAAAAAUGAAAGUAUUAGAAGUCAAACUCAAACAAAUGAUAGCGGUUAUCGCAGUAUGUUUGACGGAAUUAUUGUUUCAAAUUCAACUUUAGUGAGGAACAGUACACCUCGUCCAGUUUCUAAUAUUGAAAAUAAAUCAGGUUCAUCUGAAAGCAGUGCAUCUAUAGGAUUUGUUCGAAAUCAGAAUAGUAAUCGUAAUAAUAUAGGAGAAUCAAGAAAUAUCAAACAACAAAACAAUUCAAAAAAUAGUACAUGGACAAAUACUAAUAUUGUCACUCGUCCAACUAAUAAACCAAAUGUAUCAAGGAAUGUACAGGAUAAAGUAUGGGGUGUCAUUGAGAAAGAUGCCGUUAUUAUGUGUAGCUGUAAUGAAAAUGCAAUUCAGUUAACAGUAAAGAAAGACGGACCAAAUCAUGGAAGAGGAUUUUACAAAUGUGCAAAACCUCAAGGUUCUGGUUGCAAUUUUUUUCUUUGGGCGGAUGAUGGACAUCAAAUGCAAAUUAAUACAAGUAGAGAUCCACAUUUAUCAGCUGCCAGUACGAGCACUGGCUCAAGUGUUCGUGUCAAUAGUUAUCAAAGUUCACCUGUAUUGCCGGAUAAUGAUGUUAAAUGUCAUUGUAAUCAGAUAGCAGCACAGCGAAUUGUGCAGAAAGAUGGUCCCAACAAAGGACGUCCCUUUUACACAUGCACCAAGAGUAUGAAUAAUUCUUGUAAGUUUUUCCAAUGGGGCGAUGAAAAUGUUGAAGAUGUACGCAAUGAUACAUUUAGAGGAAGAAGUAAGCAAACAUAUACAAGAAAUCAAAGUGAACAACAUGAAAGGGACCAAAUUAAAUCUCGGGUUGUUAGAAAGAGAAAAUGUCGAAUUUGCGGUAUAGAAGGACAUACAAGAAAAACCUGCCCAGAAAAUGCUAUGGAUCGGUGAAGAAGAGUGUAUAUGGUAUAUUAAUAAUAUUAAAGUAGAAAUAUUAAUGAAAUUAUAAAUA